AUGAGGGUUCAUACUCGAGAAAAACCAUAUGUUUGCGAUAUUUGCGAAGAACGAUUCACCCAGGAUGGAAGUUUAAAAACACAUAAAAGAUUACAUUCGAAAGAACGACCAUUUAAAUGCAAAGUCUGCGGAUACGAUGCGAAAAGGAGAGAUAAGCAUGAGAUGAAGCAUGUCAAACGACUACAUCCAGAUGCAAAUGCUUCUGAAAUAAUGAUUAAAAGCCCACAACUUAGCCAUGAAAUGCUGUCAGAUUAUUUUCAAACGCCAUCAACCAGUUCUCAAGCAAAAGAAUCAAUUGAAUCUGCAGAAGCUUUACCAGAAAGUAUUUUCACACCAAGAGAAGCCGAAGAAUUUCUUAAAAAUUUUAACAUCAAUUUAGAAAUUAAAAAGUUCGUAACAUCUUCACAACUGAAAUUCUUCUCAGAGAUGGACACUGAUAAAACUGAUUUCGAAUGUCAAUAUUGUGGACAGCAAUUUUUUGACGAAAUUACUUUAAACGAACACAAAGGACAAUUCCAUCAAUCUAAUUAA